AUGAGUGGGCAAGUGGCAUCAACAUUGGGACCUACAGGUCAAGCUUCUUCCCAGCUGGAUAAACCUGUGGUUGACCAGCAGCCCAGUGUUGAGCAACCUCAACAAGAGGAACCACCAGCUGAGAUUCAGGAUAUCACACCUGGAAAGGAGGAAGUCGAUGGAGAGGAUCCAGUGAAUCCUGAUGAAGAGAGGGAGAAGGAUGCCCCUGGAGUUUUUUUUUUUAAAGAUUCUGACCUGGAAACUGAUCUCCAGAAAUUGGCUGUGGCAACGACUGGGGGUCAAGGUGGAGAUGGUCCUGAUGUCAAGGAGGAGAUUGCAUCAAAUAGAGAGCCUGUUGAAAUGCCAGAAGCAGGGAGAAAUAUGAGUGGACAAGUGGCAUCAACAUUGGGACCUACAGGUCAAGCUUCUUCCCAGCUGGAUAAACCUGUGGUUGACCAGCAGCCCAGUGUUGAGCAACCUCAACAAGAGGAACCACCAGCUGAGAUUCAGGAUAUCACACCUGGAAAGGAGGAAGUCGAUGGAGAGGAUCCAGUGAAUCCUGAUGAAGAGAGGGAGAAGGAUGCCCCUGGAGAUUCUGACCUGGAAACUGAUCUCCAGAAAUUGGCUGUGGCAACGACUGGGGGUCAAGGUGGAGAUGGUCCCGAUGUCAAGGAGGAGAUUGCAUCAAAUACAGAGCCUGUUGAAAUGCCAGAAGCAGCAUUGAACAAACCUAGCCAGAAUAGUCUUGACUAA